CGUCAGCGGCGUGAAAUGAAUUGGAAAUUAUCUUCCUGAGUCGUUCAGAAAGGGGGCGAACUGUGGAGAAAAUAGCGGAUAUGACUUGAGUUGUAGUUUUCGCGUCUAGCGGAUAUGACGAGCCUGGUGACUAGCAGACGUCGGAUAUCGGGUGUCGGAUGCACUUUGCAGUAGUUGGAAAAUCCCUCAGCAGUGACAGUCCUCGGGAUUUAGAUGACUGUGUGUUUCUUUUUAGCGAGCUACCUUUAGCCAAACAGUUAGAUAUUGGGGCCAGGCUUCAAAGAGCCAGCAUAUGAUUGUAUUUUCAGUGCCAACGCCUUUCCAUUGUUGACUUAUUUUCCGCUAGCUUCCACAUUCUAGCGUAUCCAGUAUCAUGAAUGAGGAUCAUAACAGCCCGGUGUAAUUCAGCUGUCUGGAGAUAACUUGUGGUUUGAGCUCUGAGUUCAUGCUAGCCGUGUUGAUUAGUUGUUAAAUGGUCGUGGCUAGUCGGGAGCUCUGAGUUACCCUUUACAUUAGCAACAUAGCAUAGCAUAGCUCCGUGCAGCGGUAGCCAAGAGAAAACGGGACUCUAUUAGCUAACGCUAGUGGGUUAGCUUUAAGUUGUAUGAGUCGUAACAUGAAACAAGUCGCGUCGGACACUUUAGGAUUCGUUCCCCAGAAGGACAUCGUUUAUAACAAGCUCCUGCCCUAUGCGGAUAAACUCGACUCUGAGUCCAAUGACAUUCUGGCUAAGAUCAAAGGGAACCUGUCCCGAGCCGUGCAGCUGAGGGAGCUAUGGCCGGGGGUUCUGUUUUGGACAAGGAGACUCUCCACGUACAUGCGUCUGUAUGGACGGAAGUUCAGCAAAGAGGACCAUGUUCUCUUCAUCAAGCUGCUCUACGAGCUAGUCACUAUCCCCAAGCUGGAGAUCAGCAUGAUGCAAGGCCUUGCGCGUCUCCUCAUCAACCUCCUCAAAAAAAGAGAGCUACUCUCAAGGGAGGACUUGGAGCUGCCCUGGAGGCCACUGUACGAACUGCAGGAGCGCAUCCUCUACUCCAAGACGGAGCACCUGGGCCUCAACUGGUUCCCCAAUUCUCCACGGCCACGCUCUUCCUCUAAACUCAUAAUGAUAAAAUUGUUUCAGAGGUGCUCUGUGGAAAAUGUUCUGAAAACGCUAGUCAAGAGCUGCAGACCAUAUUUCCCAGAGUCGGCCACCCAGGAGAUGUUGGAGGAGUGGAGGCCGCUGCUCUGCCCCUUCGACGUCACCAUGCAGAGAGCCAUCAGCUACUUUGACCUCUUCCUGCCGACCACCCUGCCCCCACACCUCCACCACAAGGGCUUCAAGUUGUGGUUCGAUGAGCUGACCGGCUUGUGGGCCUCUGUGCAAAAUCUCCCCAGCUGGGAGGUGCAUCUGGUCAAUCUCUUUGCCCGCCUGGCCAACGACAACAUCGGCUACAUCGACUGGGACCCUUACAUCCCAAAGAUUUUCACCCGAAUCCUGAGGAGUCUGAACCUCCCUGUGGGGAGCAGUCAGAUGCUGGUCCAGCGAUACGCAGCCAACGCCUACGACAUCAGCCACGUAGUCCUCUGGGUUUCAUCCCUACUGGGAGGACCGAGCCAGCAAGCCCAGGCCCAGCUCAGUGGCCUUUUCAACAGCAUCACCUCCUUCUUCCACCCCUCCAAUCAUGGCCGCUGGCUGAUGAAGCUGAUGAAGCUCCUCCAGAGGCUUCCCGCCGCCGUGGUGCGGCGUCUGCACCGCGAGCGCUACCGCAAGGCCACCUGGCUCACGCCGGUGCCUGAGAGCCACAAGCUCACGGAGGAGAACAUCACAGACUUUGUGCAGAGCAUGAUGCAGCCGGUGCUACUGGCCAUGUUCAGCAAGACGGGCAGCCUCGACGCGGCCCAGGCCCUGCAGAACCUGGCCCUCAUGAGGCCCGAGCUGGUCAUCCCCCCGGUGCUGGAGAAGACCUACCCCGCCAUGGAGACCCUGACGGAGCCCCACCAGCUGACUGCCACCCUCAGCUGCAUGAUCGGCGUGGCCCGGAGCCUUGUGUCUGGGGGCCAGCGUUUCCCCGAGGGGCCCACUCACAUGCUGCCCCUGCUGGUCCGAGCCCUGCCUGGGGUCGACCCCAACGACUUCAGCAAGUGCAUGAUAACCUUCCAAUUCAUCGCUACGUUUGUGACGCUGGUGCCUUUGGUCGACUGCUCCUCUGCCCUGCAUGAGCGGACAGACCUGACGGAGGUGGAGCGAAAGCUGUGCUCAGCUUCAGCGGAAUUUGAAGACUUUGUCCUUCAGUUCAUGGAUAGGUGUUUUGCGCUGAUAGACAGCAGCACUCUGGAGCAGACUCGCGAGGAGACGGAGACGGAGAAGAUGACUCACCUGGAGAGCCUGGUGGAGCUGGGCCUCUCCUCCACCUUCAGCACCAUCCUCACCCAGUGCUCCUUGGAGAUCUUCAAGGUGGCGCUGAAAAAGGUGUUCAACUUUGCCACCACCAACAUCUUUGAGACCCGUGUGGCUGGGAGGAUGGUGGCGGACAUGUGCAGGGCGGCCUCCAAGUGUAACCCCGUGGAGGCCUUGAAGCGCUUCGUGCCGCACUGCUGCAACGCCAUAAACCAGAUAGCUGUCAAUGAGGAGGUGUUGAACGAGGAGGAGCUGGACAAGGAGCUGCUGUGGAAUCUCCAGCUGCUCUCCGAGGUGACCCGUGUGGACGGGGACAAGGUCCUGCCCUACCGGACACAGCUGGUGCAGAUCCUGCAGCUCACUCUUCGCCUCAAGUGCAAGCAGGGCUACACCCUGGCCUGCAACAUGCUCCACCAUAUCCUGCGCUCCACCGCACUCAUCUACCCCACCGAGUACUGCAGCAUGCCCGGUGGCUUCCACCAGCACUCCAGGGACCGGCUGCCCAUCAAGGACUGGGGCCGGCCCGGGGACCUGUGGAACCUUGACAUCCAGUGGCACGUGCCCUGCGUGGAGGAGACCUCGUUCGCCUUCUACAUCCUGGACCUCAUCCUCCAGCCGGAACUGCAGCGCCUCCAGAGGUUCUCGCAGGGAGAGCUGGAGAUGAGCCGGGAGGACGUCCUGCAGAGUUUGGCCAUCGUUCAGCACUGCCUCUUGGGAGCUGGGAGCCUGAUGCCUCCCCUGAAAGGAGAGCCAGUCUCUGAACUGGUUCAGAGUAUGGUGAAUCUGGAGGAGACUCGCCUCUACAUCGGAAGGGAGUACGAUGUGUCCAGGGAGAACUACAGGGACGCCAUCUGUAGUGUGAUGAGACAGCUGCUUCACUACAUCCUGGAGCACUCUGAGGACGACACCAAGUCCCUGUUCUCCAUAAUCAAGAUCAUCAGUGACCUGUUGCACUUCAAAGGCUCCCACAAGCACGAGUUUGACUCCCGCUGGAAGAGGUUCAACCUCGUGAAGAAAUCGAUGGAGAACAGACUUCACGGCAGGAAGCAGCACAUCAGGGCCUUGCUCAUAGACCGAGUCAUGCUCCAACACGAGCUACGUAAGCUGACGAUGGAAGGCUGCCAGUACAGGAGCGUUCACCAGGACCUCAUGAAGGAUCUGCUGAGACUUUCCACCAGCACGUACAGCCAGGUGCGGAGUCGGGCCCAGGGGGUUUUCUUCACCGCUCUGGGAACCUACAACUUCUGCUGCCGAGACCUCAUCCCCCACGUGCUGGAGUUCCUCAAACCCAACCGCAGAGACGUCACGCAGCAGCAAUUCAAAGGCGCCUUGUACUGUCUCCUGGGGAACCACAGCGGCGUGUGCCUCGCCAACCUGCACGACUGGGACUGCAUCACCCUGACGUGGCCGGCCAUCGUGCACUCGGGGCUCAGCUCCGCCAUGUCCCUGGAGAAGCCCUCCAUCGUGCGCCUGUUUGACGACCUGGCAGACAAGAUCCACCGGCAGUACGAGACCAUCGGCAUCGACUUCUCGGUUCCCGAGGCGUGCAUCGCGGUGGCUAGUAGACUGAUGGUGGCCGGGAAGCCUGUCCCUCCCCAGCCGGUACCCACGGAGGAGGAGUUGGCCGUGGGACGGAAGACGCAGCAGAACAAGAACACUGACUCAGAGGGGAAAUAUGAAAGGCUUGUCGCUGAUCUGCUGGACGGCAUCAGCAACAGAGACAUGCCGUGGAAGUUUGAGCACAUCGCCAUCGGCUUCCUCUCGCUGCUCCUGAGGGACGACCUGCCGCUGCCCGCUCCCGCCGUGCUCUUCUUCGUCAAGAGCCUCAACCACGACUCCCUGCUGGUCCGCAAGGUGGCGAUAUCGGCCGUGGCAGGGAUCAUGAAGCAACUGAAGAGACCCCAUAAAAAAGUGCCGGUCAACCCCCUGGAGCUCUGUAAGCAGGAGUCACACUUAACGAAUGACCGCCGUCGGCUCUGGGGCGUGUCUGACGUCCCCUCUGCCCUCCUCCCUACCCCAGGCGGGGGGAAGCUGCCGAGCGGUCUGGCCGCUGGGGACCGACCGGACAACCAGUGGCUCCAGUACCACAGCGACAGCCUGCCACAGACCCAGCAGGACUGGGAGAGCUGUGUGUUCGUGGAGAAGACGCACUGGGGCUACUACAGCUGGCCCAGAAAGCUAAUGUCGUACGCCCCACCUGAGGAACAGCCAAAGCAGAACCUGACCAGAGAGGAGAUGAACGAGCGGGAGCAGAUCAUCUUUGACCACUUCUCAGACCCGGUGUUCAUCGCCCAGCUGAUAGAGUUCCUCUCUCUGGAGGACCGCAAGGGCAAGGACAAGUUCAGCCCCCGCAGGUUCUGCCUCUUUAAGGGCCUGUUCAGGAACUUCAGCGACGCCUUCGUGCCGGUGCUGCGGCCCCACCUGCAGCGGCUGGUGGCCGACUCCCACGAGAGCAAGCAGCGCUGCGUGGCCGAGAUCAUCUCCGGCCUCAUCCGGGGCUGCAAGCACUGGAGCUACGUCAAGGUGGAGGGCCUCUGGGAGGUGCUGUGUCCACUGCUUCGCACGGCCCUGACCAACAUCACCAUCGAGACGUACGCAGACUGGGGAACCUGCAUCGCCACCGCAUGUGAGAGCAGAGAUCCACGCAAGCUGCACUGGCUGUUUGAGAUGCUGAUGGAGUCCCCCGUGAACGGAGAGGGGGGGUCCUUUGUGGACGCCUGCCGUCUGUACGUGCUGCAGGGAGGCCUGGCCCAGCAGGAGUGGCGGGUCCCAGAGCUGCUGCACCGGCUGCUGCAGUACCUGGAGCCCAAGCUCACCCAGGUGUACAAGAACGUCCGCGAGCGCAUCGGCAGCGUGCUGACGUACAUCUUCAUGAUCGACGUCAACCUGCCCUACACGCAGCCCACCAGCUCGCCGCGCAUCGCCGACUUCACCCGGCGGGUGGUGGCGCGCCUCAAGCCUCUGAUGGAGGGCGACGAGGAGAUCCAGAACCACGUCAUGGAGGAGAACGAGGUGGGCGAGCCUGACGAGCGCACGCAGGCCAUCAAGCUGCUCAAGACAGUGCUCAAGUGGCUGAUUGCCAGCGCGGGUCGCUCCUUCUCCACCGCUGUCCCAGAGCAGCUGCAGCUUCUCCCCUUGCUCUUCAAGAUCGCCCCCGUGGAGAACGACGACAGCUACGACGAGCUGAAGAGAGACGCCAAGACCUGCCUGUCGCUGAUGUCCCAGGGCCUCCUCUACGCCGAGCAGAUCCCCCUGGUGCUCCGGGUGCUGCAGGGGAUCGCCGGCAGCAGCUCCUGGCACGCCCGCUACACUGUGCUCACGUACCUGCAGAUCAUGGUCUUCUACAACCUGUUCACCUUCAUGAGCGACCAGGGCUCGGUGGACCAGGUCCGGGCGCUGGUGGUCAGCCUGCUGGAGGACGAGCAGCUGGAGGUACGGGAAAUGGCCGCCACCACGCUCAGCGGCUUCCUGCAGUGCAACUUCCUGUCCAUGGACGCCUCCAUGCAGGCCCACUUUGAGGCUCUCUGCCAGACCAGCCUGCCCAAGAAGAAGACGAGGGCCCUGGGCUCGGCCGUGGACACCGUCCCCUCCGCUGAUCUGAUGCGUCGCCACGCGGGCGUCCUGGGCCUGAGCGCCUGCAUCCUGUCCAGCCCCUACGACGUGCCCACCUGGAUGCCCCAGCUGCUGAUGGACCUGAGCGCCCACCUCAACGACACACAGCCCAUCGAGAUGACGGUGAAGAAGACUCUGUCCAACUUCCGCCGAACGCACCACGACAACUGGCAGGAGCACAAGCAGCAGUUCACCGAUGACCAGCUGGUGGUCCUGACCGACCUGCUGGUGUCCCCCUGCUACUACGCCUAGACACGAAAUGAUGUCUGCUCAUGAAGGAGGAGGAACCACCUAUAGAGCCUCCCCUUUUUCUUAUUUUUUAAAUGGAUUUCUUGAGUUUUCAUUGGUCCAAGAUGACCUCGGACCCGAGGAGGAGAAGAGUGACUCUCUGACGGAACCGCAGGAGGCUCUACCUCGGAGAAUCAUGAUUGGCUUACGAAAGUGUGUAUUUAUGUAUCUAGCUCUUAUUUACAUUUCUACUAUACUUAAUAUUUAAGGUUGAAUCAUCGCAGGGAAGUCUGCUCUGCAGGGCGAGAGGUUACUGUACAGGCUUUUGUUUAUUGUGUUUUUUUAAUUGAGGGGGAGGGGUUGUGAUUAGCUUGGGAGUGGGUGUGUGUGUAUGUAUGUAUGUGUGUGCCUGCGUGUGCAUCUGCUUGCCUGUUUGUGUGUUUGUCUGUUUGUUUGAUGUUUUGUGUGUGUCCCACUAUAUGAUUUAGAAAGCGUACCACCACUGAGCCAACACAUUGUCCCCCACAGGACUAAUUGUACCAUCUUCCAGUCGGGAAGUCGUUACAAGUGACCAUAGCACGCAGUCUUUUUCUGUCUUAGACUGCAACACGGACACACGUACACAAUGUUUGUGUGGCGGUUUGAUUGACAUUUGAUUACAUGCAUCACGUAAAUGGAUACAACGCAUGUUCAGCAAGCAUACGCAUAAGCGUAUUUAUUUAUUUAUUGUUUCAGAAGGGUUACGUUGAAAUGAUGGAUGGACCUUUGUUUUUUGCGAUGAAGCUUUUCUGUUUUUUUUUUCAACACAACCCACACCGAACAACAGCAACGCCGGAUUCAAAUGACAGCCCUCCAUUUCCAUAUAAUCUGUUAUUUUUCUAUAACCUAGCAAGAUAAACGUUAUUUUGGUACGCUUUUAUUUUCUUCAUGACAAAUGAAGUCACUCAAAUUGACGCUUUUUAGUACCUCACUAAUGUUUAGUGUAGUGCCAAAACUGCAGUGUUCAUUUUAUUUUUUAUUUUUUAGAUGUCUGUUUGCAUAUUUAAUAAAAAAAUGCAAUAAAAUGAUUUACUAAAUCCUGGAA